AUGGUUAACCCUUACCUGCCUACUCGAAGAGAGCAAGAAGUAGCCAUCAGGAUUGCAGCACAACACUUCAAUUCUUCUUCGCCACUCGUUCUACGAUUCAACAAAACCAAUGAUGAUCCCGUCGAAGCGUCAACAACUGCUAAAGAUAUGGUUGGCUGGGGAGCAGAAGUAAUCAUUGGCAUAGGGACAUGGCCAGAGGUGGUGACCUUGGCAGGAGUAGGGAUUGCUUCUGGGGUUCCCAUUCUCUCUCUCGCAGAGACAACAACAACAUCAAACCUACUUUCAACCAUGCCUUUCUUGGUUCAAAUGUCUUACCCAACUUCUGAUGAGGUUCUCUGUCUGGCUAACAUCAUAAGUUCAUAUAAUUGGAGAAAGGUUAUAGUUAUUUAUGAGGAUGACAUCUAUGGCAGCAUUUCCUCUAUUGCCACACUCUUUUCUGAUGCACUCCAAGCAAAUGGUUCUAAAAUUGACCACCACAUUGCAUUUCCACCCAUGCACACAGUCCCUACUAGUGCAGCUGAGCUAAUCAAGGAAAAACUACACAACAUUCCUCCGCAACUAUCCAAGGUGUUUGUCAUCCUUAGGUCCUCUCCCCAACUUGCCAACCAUCUGUUCAUGGAGGCCAAAGAACAAGAUUUAAUGACAGCCGAUCACGUGUGGAUUGUGAGUGAUGAUAUUACUGAUCUCCUUGACUCGAAAUUUAAUCAAUCAUUCAUCUCCUCCUAUAUGCAAGGUGUAAUAGGAAUUCGAACGUACUUCAACCAAACCACCACAUUCUAUCAAAAUUUCUCCAUUGAUUUUAAAAAAUAUAUAUCAAAUAAUAAUAUUGAACCAAGAAGGUUGGCAGUCCGAGCAUAUGAUGCAAUUCAUGUCAUAGCUAAUGCAGUGGCAGCUAGGGAUAGGAAUAAAAAUAUAACACUGUGGGAGGGAAUCCUUACAAGCAACUUUUUGGGUUUAAGUGGCUUCAUAAACUUAAGUACUAUUGGCAAUAACCUUCCUCAAGUUUGGGGCUUCUCUGCGUUUCGUGUUCUUAACGUAGUAGGAAAGAGUUAUAAGGAAAUAGGGUAUUGGUCCAGGGGAUAUGGAUUUUAUGAAGAUGAGGAAGAGCUGAGCCGAUUUGGAUCUACAGUGGUUCCUAUGUUACGUCCAGUAUUGUGGCCCGGGCAUAUGGAGAAGAUUCCAGGAGGGUGGGGCAGAUUGAAGAUCGGAGUGCCAAAUCAUACAACUUUUGAAAAAUUUGUGAAGGUGGAAUAUGAUGAUAGUGGGAAGGUAAAGGAGCCUCAAGGAUUUUGCAUCGAAGUCUUCAAGGAGAUUCUGAAGAACUUAAAUUAUGAUCUUUUAUAUGAAUGGGCUCCCUUCAAUGGCUCUUAUGAUGAUCUUGUAAAUCAAGUCUCCUUGAAGAACUUUGAUGCCGCAGUGGGUGACAUUACAAUCUUAGCUAAGAGGGCAGUGAAUGUCACAUUCACAGAACCAUUCUUGUCAUCCGGCCUUUCCAUGCUAGUUCCUAUCAGAACUAACCACACACCAUGGAUGUUCACAAAGCCAUUCACCAAAGAGGAAGGGUCUAUAGUUUCUAUACGAAAACAGUUAUUAUUGUUUGGCUCAUAG